AUUGCCGUGACUCAAACACCAUAACAAUCAUCAUCGUCUCCGUUUUCGUAUUUGGCGUUUUUUGUGUGUAUAUGGUGGUGAUCUAUCUUUUAUUCAAUAAAAACCCUAAUAUCAAUUGAAAUUCAGCUCGUAUACAAGCUUACAGUGUUAUAGUGUAGUUUUCCCAAAAUAAUGGGAAGUUUUGAAGGAAAAGUUACAUUCACUUCACUUCCUAAGCAACAAAAGGAGAAAACUAUGUACCCUUUUGUUGAAGAUGGCUUCAAUAAUAAUUUUGCGACGCCUUCUGCCGCCAAAGGUGUGACUAUUACCUCAAAUUCUGGAAAAGAUGAUAAAGAAGAUUAUUCUAAGCAGUUUCCAUAUGAUUCUGAAGACUAUAUUGAUGAUGGGUAUGCAAGUGAAGAGGAUGCUUGCAAUGACAUUCAUAGUUUUAAUAGUAAGAAUCCAGAGGUCAACUUAAAAAAUGUAUUAACUGGGAUAGUUGCAAUUGUGACCGGGAAAAACAAAGUCCCAACUGUUUCCGUGAAUCAACAGUCUCCGAAUUCAAAUGUUUCUUUUCUUGGGUCUGAAAAGAAUGGAGACACUUAUUUGCAUUCGUCGGUUUACAUUCCAAGUGCUCCUCCUCUACUAGAUACGAUUGGGAAUACAUUUAACGCUUACAAAGAUGUAUUGGAUGCUGAACCACCAGAUUGGUUGCCGGAUAGUUCUGCUACAGUUUGUAUGCAGUGCAGUUCCCCUUUCACAGCAAUUACCCGUGGAAGACAUCAUUGUCGGUUUUGUGGUGGGGUUUUCUGCAGAGGAUGCACUAAAGGAAGGUGCUUGUUACCUAAAAAAUUUAGGGAGAGGAAUCCACAGAGAGUUUGUGAUGUCUGCUAUGAUAGGCUUGAUCCUUUACAAGCUGUUUUAAUCAAUACCAUUAGCAAUGCUGUGCAAGUAGCAAAGCAUGAUGUGACGGAUUGGACAUGCACAAGAGGAUGGUUAAAUCUUCCUGUUGGUUUGUCUAUGGAACAUGAGAUAUACAAAGCAGCUAAUACAUUAAGAAGCUACUCUCAGGUUGCUAGAUUAAAUCCCGAGAAAUCCAUACCUCAGGCAGUUCUAAAAGGAGCAAAGGGGUUGGCAAUAUUAACUGUUGUCAAAGCUGGUGCAUUAGUUUCCUACAAAGUUGGUACUGGAUUAGUUGUUGCUCGAAGGUCAGAUGGAUCGUGGUCUGCCCCAUCUGCCAUAUGGUCAGUUGGUCUUGGAUGGGGUGCACAGUUUGGGGGUGAGCUCAUGGACUUUAUAGUUGUCCUCCAUGAUAUGAAAGCUGUGAAGACAUUUUGUAGUCGGAUGCAUUUUUCUCUUGGUGCUGGCUGUAGUGCUGCAGCAGGCCCUGUUGGGAGGGUGCUGGAAGCCGAUCUCCGGGCUGGAGAUAGAGGUUCUGGCAUUUGCUAUACUUACAGUUGUAGCAAAGGUGCAUUUGUUGGGGUAUCACUUGAAGGAAAUAUAGUAACAACAAGGCUGGAGACCAAUCUAAAGUUUUACGGAGAUCCUUAUCUAACCACAAAUGACAUUCUACUUGGCAAUGUGGAAAGACCAAAAGCUGCGGAGCCCUUGUAUGCAACCCUGAAUGACCUCUACACCAGCAUGAGGUGCAUUUGCUCCUGAACUUAGUUUUCUUUCAGAAUUGUGCAGCGGCACCAAGUUUAUUGGGUUUAACCUUUCACCAUAAGAAAAAAUUAUGCACAUAUAUGUCAGUUUGCUCUUCAACAUAUUAUUUAGCUUUGUUUUUCUAUUUAAUUAAUGUUCAUUUUCACUGUCCUAUCCACUAAACUAUACUGAUGUAAAUAUACAGUUGAAUGAUACAGCCGUUCACAUUUGUAUAUAUUUUGUUUUGCGAUCAAUGAUGAUCGUAAUUGUUGGCUA